UGCGCAGACUUUCUAUUUCUUUCUGCUUAUCUAGCUGAAGUAGCAUCAUUUUAUGAAAAAUCUCAACGAAAGCGAAACCAAGUUGCACCGCAGAAGCGCAAGAACCGUUGUCAGUGGAACAGUUUACACAUGCUGGGUGGCCACGCUGGGCGGCCACACUGGGCACGCCUGGCUGACGCUCCGCGGACCACUUGAGGGCCCUGGGAUCGAGGUCGCCCUCUAUAGAGGCGCACGGGGAAACCAAUGGGGGCGUGUUACUUUUCGAGAAUCUCACCGCGAUGGGGGGCUAACCCUCAUCAGGAGCUUCAGAGCUGCAUACUGUAGAAGGUCGCGGCUUUGGAUGCCAGGAGACCGCGCGCGCGCGCCUGCUGACUCCAUGGCCCUGCGGCCGAGCGGCCGCACCGCGAUGAGCUGACGCGGCGGCGCAGGCUCUUGCGGCGGUUGUUGAUUGGUUUCACGCGGAGGGCGUGCCGCCUGCGGGUGAUGCUAGCCGGCUGCUUUUUUUGUGGCUUUUCUGGAUGGUGUUUUCUCGGUGUUUCUGCAGUCGGUUGCUUUUCUCAUAGCAAGCUGGCUGCCUGGAAGCGGCGGGCCUGUGUGUGGUGGCCUUGCUUACUUCGGGUGAUUUGGUUAGACGUCUGCAUCGUGGGGCGUAGCGGAAUUUGCAGAGAGGGGCCCUGGGGUGAUCGGUGGGGGCUUAGUCGGAGCGUCAGCCAGGGGCGACCUAAGGACGCGUUAUUUCGGAGGACUGGGCCGGGGUAUUGAUCAAGGUGCUACGUACUUCAGGCGAUGCUACUCGACAGCGCUAAACUUGUGCUAUCGGGGUACUACUUGCGGUAGUGCUAUUUGAAAAUGCUAGACUUGUGCUAUCGGGGUGCUAUCUCGAAUAGCGCUACUUGGAAAGUGCUAAGCCUGUGUUAUUGGGGUGCUAUUGCCGAUGGUGCUACUUGAAAGCGCUAGACUUUUGCUAAGUCGGUGCUAAAUUUGGGUGGCUAAGUGGGGGGCUAAGUUUUGUGGCCCUGCGUGUGGUUGCACACAAAAAAUUGGUGCUAAAUCGAGGGGAGCCCCAAACCUUGGGGCCUUGACCUUCGAGGAGUUAUUAUUUAAAAAAAUUCCCAAAAAAUUUGCAAUCGUUGGGCGCUGUGGAUUGCUUGUGCGGGUAUCUCUUCGGCAGGUUUGGGCGGGUAUUUCUGCAGGAGCUCAGGCGCCUGCUUGGUGGCGUAGUUCGUUGCCUGCUGGGAUGAUCGGAGGCCGCAGGGGGUUGGGGUGGGCCUUUGGACCGGGGCGGGGUGUUGGUGGUCGAGCUCGGUGGCAGAGAGGUGCGCUGGGGGUUCGGCGGGUUAACGUUAAGGGCAGUCGGGGCGACAGGUUUAGGGCUUGGCGGUGUCGGUGCUUAGCUUUCUGGCCUCCUGGGGGUUCGGGUGCCCGAUUCUUACCCAAGGGGCCACCGCUUCCCAAGGGCCACCUAAACCCAAGGGUCGUGGAUUGCUCGCGGGUUCGCCGCUUCGGCAUUGUCUCUGGCUCUGAGUGCCUCUAGGUGUGUUAGUCUUCUGGGGUGGUUGGUGGUGCAUUCUGCUGGGCUUGGGUCUUGGGUUUUCAAAUUUUUGCGGAAUUUUUCAAAAGCUGUAACUACCAGCGGCCUGGGGCUCCAACAAACCCCGCGCGAAAACGCUUAGGAACCGGGCUGGCCUUCGAUUGAGCACAAAGAGACUUAGCAUAUGCGCGACCACAUGCAAGACCACAAAAAGACCCCGCGGCCGCUGGGUUCUCGCGGGCCUCUGUUGGUUUGGCUCUUGGUCAUGGCAGGAGAGGCACUAGCGGCGGAGGGGGCGCGCGGCUUGGCUCUGUGGCGGCUUCUUGGGCUUGCCUGGUCUCUUUGCUGAGGCAUUCGCGCCGUGUCGGGUGGUGGUUUGUUUCUUGGAUUGUGUUCUCGCUUUCGAAGGUCGCCCAAGCCGUGGGGUGUUGUCAGCUGAGCACUGUCUGCGGCGGAGGGGGGCACGCUUGCAGGGUCUUCGGGUGUCGGCAAAUUGCUGAGAGGAGGCGCUGGGGCUUUUGCAUUUGUUGCAGGUUCCCAACCCAUGCCCAGGAUGCCCCCGUUGGUUCUUUCUGGUGUGCGUGUCAGUGCGGGUGGUGCUUUGGGUGGUGGUACUUAGGGACGGGCCGCUGAGUUGGUUCUUUUGGCGUUCGUUGGGGGGCCGUGGGGUGGGUGGAGCGGCGGGCGCGCGCCUGCUAAGUUUUAGCAUUUUGCUGCAAAUUUAGCACUUUUGCAGCAGAUAGCGCAGGCGGCUGGCAGGCAUCCGCCUGAUUGGUUGAAAAGCCCCGACCCUUGGAGGGUUUGCAAGCUGGGCACGACUUGAACGGGCCGCGGCUCUGGGAGCCAGGAGACCGCGCGCGCGCGCCUGCUGACUCCAUGGCCUUACGGCUUCGCAGCCGCGACUGACAAGCUGACGCGGCGACGCAAGCUCUUGACCUGCGCUGGUUGUUGAUUGGUUGAAGGGCCCGACUUGUGCUGGGUUCUUAAGCUGAACGCGUGAAGAAGUCGCGGCUUUGGAAGCCAAGGAGACCGCGCGUGCGCCUGCUGACUCCAUGGCCUUACGGCUUCGCGGCUGCACCGCGACCGCGAUAAGCCGACGCGGCGACGAAAGCGCAGCGCUUGCGCUGGUAGUUAUUGAUUGGCUGAAAGGCUUGAGUUUUGAAGAGGUCUCAAGUUGAGCAGUUGUUCGUUGGGAAAGUCGUGGCCUUGGAAAUCAGGAGACCGCGCGCGCGCUUGCUUACUCCAUGGCCUUGCGGCUUCGCAGCCGCGCCGCGAGAAGCCUACGCGGUGACGCAGGCUCUUGCGCUGGUUGUUGAUUGCUUGGUUGGGCAGCCCCCUGACUUGCGCUGAGUUCUCCUGCUGAGAAUUAAGGCUAACGCUUGAAGUUGAAAACCAACGCCGCGGCUUUGGAAGCCAAGGAGUAGGAGACCGCGCGCGCGCCUGCUGACUCCGUGGCCUUAUGGCUUCGCAGCCGCGCCGCGAUAAGCUUACGCGCAUGCGGCGACGGAAGCUCUUGCGCUGGUUGUUGAUUGGUCGGGCUUCCAAGUUGAACACUUGAAAAAGGGAAAAGCUGCGGCUUUGGAAGCCAAGGAGGCCGCGGGCGUGCGCGCCUGCUGAGUCCAUGGCCUUACGACUUCGCAGCGGCCGCACCGCGAGGAUAAGCUGACGCGGCGCCGGAGGCUCUUGCGCUGGUUGUUGCUUGGUUGGUUGAAAUUCAGUGGGGGCAGGCUUUGCCAACUUCUCCAUUGAAAACUUGAGGCACUUGGUCGCGUAGGCCGUGCGCCUCGCUGUAGGGGGUCUCCUGGAGCCUACGUCACUUGAGGGCCACGCAUUGGGCACGCCGAGCCCAUGCGGCUGAUUUUUUUGCGCCUCACUCUGGGACGAGGUGCUGCGUAUCCCCUGAGCACAAACAAUGGCGCGCUGUUGCCCUCAAGGUUCCGGGCAGCGCGGGCGUAGUGCUGCGCCGGGUUGCGCAGUGGCGGCCUGCCCCUGCUCUGUGCAGGCUUGCUCUGCGUUGUGCUUGUGCUGCACUGCGCUGUUUGGUACAAUGCUGCGCCGCUUUUGUUCAUAACGGCCUCGGCGGCUGCGUAGUUCGCCAGCAUCGUUGGCCUACGCUAGACAAGCAUUGCCGGGGGGAUCUCAAGCGGCUCGCCUUGCGGGCGCCCCGCAUUUUGAGACGCCUGGCGUCACGCGGGGCGAAGAAUUCGGCAGAUCUGGCACAUGUGGAUGCGGGUCGCCCGGCGAGCCAGUGUUCCCAGCGUGCCCAGCCCAGCCAUGAGGGGAUAGGUUAUCAGCUGUAUUAUCAUUGUCAUGUACUCGCGUUGUAUCAUUUUUCUUGUACCAUAAAUUUCACUGAUUAUAUCUUCAACCAUAUCAUCAUGUUCAUGUAUUACUAAUCUUGCAACCUCCCCCCGAAGUGAGUGUAUCGAAAUUCCACUGGAGGGGAUGCUUCACAUCUAUGUAUUGCACUUAUGAAAAUAUUGAAGAAUCGAUGAUGCGAGCGAACCGCAGUCGACCCUUUGAUCUUGUUCGCGAAGGUGUUACGUGUGAUCGAUUUACUAGAUAGGAGGAACCCACAAUUUCGAGGCAUCCAUGUGUCCUGGAUAUUGUUUAGUCUCCAAUUGAGUAUAUGUGCAACUCAUGCCAUGCCAUGACAGUCGUCCGCCAUCACUUUGCAUAUGGUUCGUCGGCACCUUGUGUGAAGACGGAAUGUGGUCAAGGCAACCUAUCUAUCAUCUCAUAAGUAUCAUGAUCAAACCGCAAGAAUCUUGUUUCAAGUCAGUAGCCAACUACGUUUGCUAGUUUUCCUAGUGGGCCCACGCCUAACCUCACCUACUAUACUGACACUGGUCGGCGCGGUAGUAGUACAGCGCAUCAACUAAUUUCAAUUACAACUCCCGAGAGAUUAAGACCGUGAAGAAGGAAUCCAAGUCGAAUGGAAAUGAAGCAU